GUGCCCACACCGGUGAAAAUCAAUUUGAUCAAUAUGCUGUCGGAGACAGGGCUUCAGGUUAUAGAGGCCACCAGCUUCGUUUCUCCCAAGUGGGUUCCUCAGAUGGCUGACCAUACUGAAGUCAUGCAAGGAAUUAAGAAGCUGCCUGGUAUUAGUUAUCCCGUGCUGACCCCAAAUCUGAAGGGAUUUCAGGCAGCGGUGGCAGCAGGGGCCAAGGAAGUGUCGAUCUUUGGAGCAGCAUCUGAGCUCUUCACCAAGAAGAACAUCAACUGCUCCAUCGAGGAGAGUUUGGAGAGAUUCGGUGAAGUGAUGACGGCAGCGAGAGCAGCCGACGUUCCCGUCCGGGGAUACGUUUCCUGUGUCCUCGGGUGUCCCUAUGAAGGGAAGAUUUCUGCAGCUAAAGUUGCAGAGGUCUCAAAGAAGAUGUACUCGAUGGGGUGCUACGAGAUUUCCCUCGGCGACACCAUUGGCAUCGGGACCCCAGGGAGCAUGAAGGAGAUGCUGACAGCAGUCAUGAAAGAGGUGCCAGUUGGGGCUCUGGCUGUUCACUGCCACGAUACCUACGGGCAAGCUCUUGCCAACAUCUUGGUAGCGCUUCAGAUGGGUGUUAGCGUGGUCGAUGCGUCCGUCGCUGGCCUCGGAGGCUGCCCCUACGCCCAGGGAGCAUCAGGAAACGUUGCUACGGAGGACUUGGUGUACAUGCUGAACGGCCUGGGGAUCCACACGGGUGUGGAUCUGCAGAAGCUGAUGGACACAGGCACGUUUAUUUGCAAUGCUCUCAACAGAAGAACCAAUUCCAAAGUGUCCCAGGCGUCUUGCAGACUGUGAUGCUGAAUUGAGUUUCUCCUUGGAUCAA